CUUCUCCGUAUGGGAUAAUUCCUAUAAUUAGGGAAUGUUUUGCUAUAUAACCAUUCGUUUUUUAAAAUUUGAGUUAUUGUUCAUGCGGGUUAGAUUGUAUCGGUAGGCGUUUACUGAGCGCUUGGAAGACACGCUUUCUGACAAGAUAUGAAGCCUUACCAAAAAGUUCUAGCUGGUCUACUUGUGGUAGCACUAGCUGUACAAGUAGUGCUCUCACAAGAAACCGAUGGCGAGAGCCUGAAGAAAGCAGAGGAGGAGUUCGUGCGACGGUGUGCCGUCUACGGCUGUGGCUUAUUCGAUGACUUCGAGGACAAGCGAGGCUUAUUUACCAAGCUCCGCUUGGGCGGAAGUAAAGGGGGGAACAGACACUACUUCAAGAACAGGAAGUACUUCAGGAAUAACGUGGUCAAACGCGACGCAAAUCUCAACAAGCUCAGUGUUAAGGAUUUGGACAAUGAAUAAUUCCCUACCAAAGAUUGCAUGAAAAACAUACAAGGAUAUUUCAAGAGACGAAGUCCUAUUUAUGGAAUGUGGGAGAGGUCGCUGGCUCGUCUGAUCGCCAACACAUUCGAUGACAUUAAAAAUCAGCUUAUGUUAGCUUAUAAAUACAUGUAUGGUUCUGGCAAAUUUGAAAGAUUUUACAUGUACAACGGUAUCUUGUGAUUGUAAUUGGCAAGUAUAUAUACGAUUUUAGGUGUCUGAAUAAAGUCCCAACUCUUCACCAA